AUGAUCCCAAUUGAAGGAAAAGAUAUAACAACUAUAAAUUCUGAAAAGGAAAAAAAAUUAAACAAAUUAUUAUUGUUAAUAAAAGAAGAAAAAGAACUUGAAAAUAAAAAAUUAGAUAAAGAAAAAGAAAUUUUAAAUGAACAAAAUGAAAAAAUAGAAAGUUUAAAGGCAAAGUUAUUAGAGAUUCAAGAAAAAAGAAUUCAACAAAAACAACAAGCAGAAUACGAAUUAAAAGAACUUAAAAAUAAAAACUUAAAUAUCGAAUCUCAAAUCAAUAGUGUAUUAUCCUGUUCUAGUGAUCAGAGUAAUAAUGACCACAUUUCGGAAAAAAUAGAAUAUUAUAGCAAUAAACAAAAAGAGUUGCAAAAUAAACUCAACAAAUUAAAAGAAUCAAAGGAUGAAGAAAUUUUAAAAUCAAAAUUUUUAGAACUAUCAACCAAUGAAAAAAAGUUAUCAGAUAAAGUAUAA